AUGCCAUUACUAGCACCAUCUCUCUUGAACUCGGUCGUCUCACAGGCCACGGGCGUGCAAUCGAUACGCGCUCGACUGCUUUCUACUGCAUUAUCGCUUGAAGAAGAGGACGACGAUGUGGAUGACGUUGAGACUGUUGAUCUGCGCUCAACGCUGUCGUCGUCUGUCGCGUCUUCUGGAACUCGUUCGCACUCGACGGGUGAGUCGUACGCGCAGCUGGAGAUGGACUUUAAUGCAGCGGUUCUGUUUGUUGAGAGUUACCAGGGACCACAUCGUAUUCUGACGCAGGAAAAUUCAUCUCCGAAGAAAAAAUUGUACGCUUUCUAUCAACAGGCUACAGUUGGGCCAUGUCCGACCACGACGUCGUCUGUUGGAUUGAGUGAAUUGGAGCUGUCAAAGUGGAAGAAAUGGCAACAUUUGGGGCACAUGACAAAACAGGAAGCAAUGAAAUGUUAUAUGACGGUACUGGACGAUCUCGUAGAUGAUUGGCGACGUAGCGCCAAUGUGUGGAGCAGCUCAAUGGGAACAAGUGACGACUUUAUUGAUCGACGGUCAACUGAUGGAGACACUGCGACGCCUAAUCGACUGAAGAGGUCCAUUAGUAUGUUUGAGCAUUUACCCUUGAUGAAUGGGAAACUGAGAGAAUUGCAGGACCGGGUAGAGGAUGAGGCCACGAAACGCAACGAGCUGGAAACCCACUUGCUUCACGUUACGCGGGAUACCCGCGACAUGUUUGUCGAGCAGAAUGGGCAAAUGGAGCAGAUUUGCAAGAACUUAAUGACACUAGUCAAGAAUCUAGAGGAUAAUGUCAUGCAACACUCGACCGAGUUGCAGCGAUUGACAAUGUGGCAGCAACAGGUGAUGACACAAGCAGAGAAUUCAAUCUCGGUAGCUGUGAAAGCUCGUGUGGGGCACGUGUUGGUCAUUCUUAAACGGUGGCUGCAAAAACGCUCGAUCCGUGCGGCAUUCGUCGUCCUCAUUGGAGUACGUAUGUGGCACUUUGUAUGGCGUCACCGCUUACCGCAAUUCCUGGUGCAACUUCUCAUUCGCUGUUUAAUCAAAGUGUCGUCCUUGGACGGGAGAAACAACAAUCGUCAAGUUUUGUAG